AAUGUUGAUAAACAGCUGGUGUGGCCCAAGUGCCAAAUUAAGUGAAGGUUGAUAUUCUAUUUGGUUUCAGGAAAUUCAUGUCAAUUUCAUCCAAUAUCUCGCAAUGGAUGUCCUUUCUCCCCAACUAGUAUGGGUCGGUCCUCGAUGCUAUCGUGUAAAUGGAAGCCAAACUCUCGAAAACUUUGCUACUCCUGCGGAGACUGGCUACGUAGAAGAAGAUUUAUAUUCUGACGAUGAAGAGGCAGAGGAUUUCAAAAUCGAGCUUACUGAUAAUCAACGCUAUAAGACUUCAUACCAUAUACCAUCUUUUUUCUUCUCACAAAUAAUCGGGUCAAAAGGUAUGACCAAGAAGCGCAUAGAAGCAGAAACUAAGACUCAAAUUCGAAUUCCCAAACCUGGUGUUGAAGGAGACGUGGUGAUAAUUGGCCCAACUGCAAAAUCAGUUGUUUCAGCGCGGCGAAAAGUUAAUUUGAUUGUUUUGGCAGCGAGGAAUAAGCAGCAGUUCACCCAUUUCUUGUGUGUGCCUUUCAAUAAUCAGGGGAUAAUCGACUCAUAUUCUAAGUUUAAAGGUCAAUUGCUGGCUGAAAAUAGAACAUUCGACGAAUCACUAUUCCAAAAUCCUAAAAAGUUGCAUCUAACACUUGUGACUCUAUCUUUGAUGGACAAUGAGGAUCGAGCAUAUGCGGCACAGUUACUGCAUGAAUGCCACGAAACCAUUAUCAAACCAACUUUAGAGGAUUGCGGACCAAUACGUGUUCAUCUCCGCGGACUUGAAUACAUGAACGACGAUCCCAGUGCAGUUGAUGUCCUCUAUGGAAAAAUCGAAUCAGAACCGUUACAAAUGAUCGCCGAUAAUAUGGCUGAUUAUUUCACGGCAAAGCGAUUGACUCAGAAGAAAACAGAAAGUGUUAAAAUGCAUGUUACUUUGAUAAACUCAUUAUUUCGCGAUGAUUUAAAUCAGCAGAAUGAAUAUGGGCAACAACAACGUCGUACUACAUUCGACGCGCGUUGGAUUAUGGAACGUUUUGGAAAGUUUGAGUUUGGCUCGUUUAUUCUUACAGAUAUUCACCUAUCACAACGUUAUUCUACCGCCUGUGAUGGAUUCUAUGAGGCCACUGCUAUUGUGAAAUUAUGAAUAAUUUAUCAAUAAAUUUUAUUCUUUUUUAAUAUAA